GCUCCUUUAAAAGCCCAGGCUUCCUCUCCCAGCAGCCCAUCUGCCCUGCACCAUGGCCUCUGCAACGCCCCCACGGCUCUCUCUGGAGAUCAGGGACCUGGAGGGCUUCUGGAGCCCCUUGAGGGGGUGCCCGGCUGCCCUGCUGCCCCCGCUGCCCUGCCUGUAUCCUGCUCUGCCUGGCUAUGGCUGGUACCCGCCGGCCCCGGGCUCCAUCCCCCAGCCGGUGCCGGCCCCCUGUUGUGAGCUGCCCAGAGGGGUGCCCCUGCUGUGGCCGAUGCCCCCGCUGGGCAGGCCCCUCCUCUGUGCAGGCCCCCCGGAGGACCCACGCUGGGGCAAGACGGCCGUCUGGAGGGAGAGCACGGGGGCCCUCCGGGCGUGGCUGGGCCAGCAUCUCCAGAACCCCUACCCCAGCAAGGGAGAGAAGGUCCUGCUGGCUGUGCUGAGCCAACGGAGCCUGAGCCAGGUCUCCACCUGGUUUGCCAACGCCCGUCGGCGCCUCAAGAAGGAGAACCGGCUGCACAGUGGCUCUCGGCUGCUCACGGCUUCGGGAGAGGAAGAGGAGGAGGAGGAGGAGGGCAAGAAGGGGCAGGCUGGAGGCCAGUGGGCAGACCCCUGGCAAGGACCCAGACAAGACCCGGAUCCCCUCGCCUCUGUCGACCAGGCUGCAUCAGAGAGGGUCCCUCCUGAGCCCAGGCUGUGGAGCGUGGCCGAGCCAGCCACCCGCCUCCUGCCUGGGAAGCCUCCCCAGUGGGUGUGGGGCCUCCGUCCCCUGAGAACUCUCUCCUCCGGCCUCCGGGAAAACCCCAGCUGUGCACCCAGGGAGGGGAGGGGAGAUGGGCCACCCCCGGGCUCUGAGCCUUGGGGCCCUCCUGAAGAAUCAAGUGGAGCUGAAAGAGGCAUCACUCUGCCCUCUCCCGGUUGGUGCGCCCUGGAGAUGGACUACAAUCCCCAGGAUGCCCAGCUGGCCUGUCAGCUGGUCAUGCAGACUUGUGGCUCUGCACAUCUGGAGUGUACCAGGCUGGGGAAGGCCAGGGCCAGUAGGGGGGACUGUGCUGCAGGGGCCCUUCUCCAUGUGGGCAGCUCCAGAAUGGGCCAGAGUGCCAGGCAGAACAACCCUCUGGGACAGUGGCUGCCACUCGAGUGAGCU